AUGUUCAGAAAGUUGUCAAAGGCUGCCUCAAGGCUCCCGACUUCUGCUGGGGUAUCUUCUAGACAACACUUAUCUUCUGUGCGCAAGUUCUCAUUCAACUCCGCGGCUAGACAAUGUUAUAGUCAUAGGAAUAAGCCAUGUUUAGUCCUAGCACCACACUGUACUUACCACAAUAGGCAGUUGUCGGUUUUGUCAACAAAGAUAGGGUUGUUGCAGCAAAGUAGACCUUCAAGCUUCAAAACAUUUCAUGAUGGCCAGACUCAAGCAAUAAAUUUCAGCAAACAUUACAGGUUAUUAUGGGCCCGCCACACGGCUCGAGAUUUUAGUAGUCAAAGUAAAUUAAGUGAAGAUGUAGAAGCCAAAUUGGAUGUAGAGGAUCUGCUUGAAAAUAUUAACAAGAAAAUUAUUUUUGUGAAUGAUGACAUUGUUGCAAUAAACAAACCAUAUGGGUUAUCUGUGUUCGGCUCUUCCCCACCAUCUGUGAACUCAGACAAACCAGCAACUACUUUUGUUGGAAUGUUAUCUCACUUGAAAGAUAAAUUAAAUUGCUCCUACUUAGAUGUUGGACUGUCACUGAAAAGUUUUUACUCUGGGCUAGUGAUACUUUGCAAAAACAAGAAUUCAAAGAAGCAAAUGGAGAAAGUUCUAGCUGGGGCCCAAGCACAAAAGAUACAGUUUAAAACCUACCUAGUUAUCACAGUUGGUGUCCCGCAGUGUUCACAUGGAGUGGAUCUUACAGCAAAUAUUGCUCGAGAGCAUUUACAUAACAGGGAAAUGAGUACUGUCAGUGACAAGUACAUCCACACAGCAGCUAAGGAAGGCACAAUGAUGCAGACACAUUUCAAUGUGCAGCCAUUGGCUGUCAACAGUUCUGUUGGUGCUGCACUGGUGCAGGUGACCAUUAACAAAGAUAAAUGGGAAGCAGUGGAGGUCAUAAUGAGUCACUACCUCAGUCCAGUUCUGGGUGACCACAUCUAUUCUCGUAGGACUCAGCUGAUCCGAGGGAUCCCUUUCGCAGCCAGUGCCCAUGCAUCUCUCCCGGGGCCUCAGAUACUUCCACAGACUAUAGUAGAAGCACUUCAGUCCAGAGAGGACUGUGUUGAAAAGGAUUUGCCCCUCUUUGUGCAUUGUCACAAAGUUGUGCUCAAUAAAUUUCCUACCAAAUCAUCUCCACCAUUGAUAAUAACAGCUCCACCUCAAGAAGAAUUUCUGACAACACUAAAGUGUCUUGGAUUAUAUCAAGAAGGAAUGUUUCCUUGA